ACGAGGGAACUACAUUUGAAUGAGCGUGUUCCAUUGCAAAAAACCCAGCAAAUAACGCAAAAUGAGGUAGAAGAUGAGACACGAGAGGACGUAAACAAAAAGCGGUGCUCCCUGUCACUUGUGUUUACAACUGAAGCAGGGAUGAUUCUCUAGGUUCCCAGUAUUUCUGUUCAGCCAAAGAAUCCGAUCGAAGGUGAGAGCUGCGCUAUCACAGUCAGAUGGAUUAGGUUUAGGACAACUGACUCUCCGAAGCAGGAGGUCUUGUUACUUGUUCGUCAAUUUUUAGGAUCAGUAUUCCCGCCCGCGCGACGGACCAACGAUGGAUGAAUUGGACGACGGGCCGACCUACGCCUUGACUGACCAGCAGCUCGAGUCUUUUCGAAAUGUUUUCACGAUGUAUGCCGAACCGGUGGCCAGCGAGGAAGAGGAACCCAAGUGCAAGUGGGAGCACUUUCCCGCCAUGUUUCGUGCGGUCAACCAAAAUCCAACCUUGAAGGAACUGGAUACUGUAAUCGCGGAAUUCAAGAAGGGCGAGACCUUCGACGUCGACUGCUUUUUGAGAAUCAUGGACUCCCCCUUCAAUGCGGUAUAUUCAGUGCAAAUUCAUCAACAUCAGCUAGACAUAGAGAUAUAUUGGACGUUUUGAUUCUGCUGCUACUUUUUUGCCGCGGCCUGCUGCAUGUUGAUCACCGUUUCCAUCCAACCCCUACAAAUGCAUUGAAUCUACCACUAGUACACCUAGAAUGAUCUCCAUUUCUGAUAUUUCUACAUCAGGAUCCAUCCACUACUACUACUACAUCAGGAUCCUUCCAAGCCGGAGGUGUUAAUCGAAGCAUUCCGAAAGUUCGACCGGGACGGGGCGGGCAUCUUGAAAGCUGCGGUGAUGCGAUACGCCCUGGGCUGCAUCGGCGACGCACUGGAAAUAGAAUCGGUCGAUGAAUUCAUGGACUACGCACACAGUGUAGCGGACAAGGAGAAAACCGGCGAAAUCGAUUACGAGCUGCUGGUGAAGAACCUCUUCGAGAAAGACCCGGGAAUCACGGCUUGCUUGUGA